AUUUUUUGUUUAGGUUCGUUGCAUAAUCAGGAAUGAAAUUUUAAAUCAACAACGGAGGAUUAAUAUGGAAAAAUUGCAAAAAUUUAUCAAUUUUUUUAUAAUCAUGUCAUUAGCGACAUUAAAUUCGUGCAAUCAGAACGAUAACGAUGGUAACGAUAAGAAUGGUCACGGUUCGAUGGUCCAAGCCAAAGAAGUAAAAAUAGAAUGGAAUGUGGAAAUUUCUUCAAUUAUAAUCAAACUUGAAGCCCCCACACUAGGAUGGGUCGGAAUUGGAUUUGCACCGUCAAAGCAUACGAAAAGUAUGAAGGAUGCUGAUAUUAUUAUAGGCGGCGUAACAAAUGAAGGAAAUCCAUACGUGAAGGAUGCUCAUGCGAUACAAAACGGUGUCUUGUAUAUCGAUGAAAGUCAGGACGUUCAACUAUUAGAAGGUAGAGAAGAAAACGGACAUACCAUUGUGAUAUUCAGGCGAAAUAUUACAUCGAAUGAUUCGCGAGACGAUAGAACAAUUCAGGUCGGAGAAAUGGGAGUGAUUUGGGCAUAUGGAAAUGAAGACCUAGGUGACGCCAUAGGCAGCAAAGAUUACCACGGAGAAAACAGAGGAUAUACGACAAUAUCAUUUAUUCCGGAUGAAGUCCUAGAUAAACGUACUGAUGAAGCAUUUCAGCAUCAAAUAACACUGGACAAGGACGAUAAAGUUGUUCUUCAAUGGAGAAUUGAGCAAAGAGAUAUCGUAUUUGAGAUGACUGUGGAAACCCGCGGUUGGGUUGGUCUCGGAUUUGCUCCUGAUAAAAGCAUGAAAAACUCUGACAUUAUACUAACAUGGGUUGAUAGAAAUGGCUCACCGCAUUUAUUCGAUUGUUACGGAAUGUCCAAUAUUCUUCCUCAUAUUGACAAACAUCAAAACGUUGAAAUAUUGAAGCACGAAGAGAACGAUACUCACACCACAGUACAAUUCAAAAGAUCUCUCAUCAGUUGGGAUUCAGACGAUAGAACGAUUGAAAACGCAGAUACGUUCGUGAUAUGGGCAUAUGGAUUACACGAUAUGGUUGAAGUUCCGCGUUCUGUCAACUAUCAUUUUAAUAGACAAGGCCACAAAAAGAUCAACUUUUUUCAAAGGCAGAAAGAUAACGAUUUGAUCCCGAAGGAAUUUGCGUCAAUGUCGUUAGGACAACGAGGAGACGUGGAACUAAGAUGGGCGUCAAACAAAGAAUAUAUAUACUUCGAGUUCACAGCGCCCAGAUCUGGCUGGAUUGGGCUUGGUUUAUCUUCCGAAAGUGGAAAAAAUAUUCAAGAUUUAUUCAUAGCCGGAGUAAAUGGAUCUGGAGAGAAUUAUGCAUUUGAUAUGCAUGUAGAACCAUCUACACCACCUUCACUAGACGAACAACAAGACAUAGACGUUCUUGAAGCUUCGGAAUAUGGAUUAAAAACAAAGAUUUUAAUGAGGAGAAAGCUUAAGACUGGAGACGAUUACGAUGCAGCAAUUACGAAGGGACCAUUGAACGUCGUGUGGGCGUUCGGAUAUGGAGAUAUCACUACACCAAACAACAUUGAUUUUACGCGUACCGAGAGAGGAAUCAUAGCAAUUAACCUGCUCAAAGAUACAUCAAAAAUGAACAAUGAUCAAGAAACUGAUCCUGGCCACGAUCAAGGAGAAUACUCAGACCACCAUCACGGACCAGAUAAUGACCAUGAUCACGGUCCGUAUCCCGAGCAUACUCAAGGACCAAUUCAUAACAACGAUCACGGACACGGACCAGAUAAUAGCCAUAAUCAUGUUCAAUAUCCUGACCAUACUCACGGACCAAUUAAUAACAACGAUCACGGACACGGACAAGAUAAUGACCACAAUCAUGGUCCGUAUCCUGACCAUACUCACGGACCAAUUAAUAAAAACGACCACAAACACGGACCAGAUAAUGAAAAUAAUCAUGGUCCGUAUCCCGACCAUACUCACGGGCCGAUUAAUAACAACGAUCACAACCACGUACCAGAUAAUGACCAUGAUCAUGGACCGUAUCCCGACUAUACUCACGGGCCAAUUAAUAACAACGAUCACAGACACGGACCAGAUAAUGGUCCGCAUUCCGACCAUACUCACGAACCAAUUAACAACAACGAUCACAGACACGGACCAGAUACUGACUAUGGUCAUGGUUCGUACCCCGAGCAUACUCACGGACCAAUUAAUAACAACGAUAACGGACAUGGACAAGAUAAUGACCACAACCAUGGUCCGUAUCCCGACCAUACUCACGGACCAAUUAAUAACAACGAUCACGGACAUGAACAAGAUAAUGACCACAAUCAUGGUCCUUAUCCCGACCAUACUCACGGACCAAUUAAUAACAACGACCACAAACAAGGACCAGAUAAUGAAAAUGAUCAUGGUCCGUAUCCCGAUCAUACUCACGGACCAAUUAAUAGCAACGAUCGCAGUCACGGGUCAGAUAAUGACCAUAAUCAUAGUCCAUAUCCCGACCAUACUCACGAAACAGUUAAUAAUAACGAUCAUGGUCACGGACCAGAUAAUAACCAUGACCAUGGUUCGUAUCCCGACCAUACUCAUGAACCAAUUAACAACAACGAUCACAGACACGAACCAGAUACUGACUAUGGUCAUGGUUCGUAUCCUGACCAUACUCACGAACUAACUAAUAACGACGAUCACAACCACGGGUCAGAGAAUGACUAUGAUCAUGGUCCAUAUCCAUAUCAUCGCGACACAGAUUCUACACACAGUCAGGCUGAUGGCCACCAACGAAACAAUAUCUUCUUCGAAGAAUUAUUUCUCGACGAAAAUAGAACAGUAUUCCUAUCAUUUGUGUACGACGAGAAAAACAUAAUAUUUGAGAUGACAGCACCUACAACAGGAUGGAUGGGGCUUGGAAUUUCACCGGGAUAUAACAUGGUUGAUGCCGACAUCAUUAUAAUGGGCGUUUAUGAUGAAGGAGAUAUGGAGCCAUAUCUUAUCGAUACAAAUGCAAUAAACAACGGUGUUCCCCGAGUUGAUGAAGAGCAGAACGUCAUCGCAGCAAGCUCUUCACAAAAUGGAACACAUACGACGAUUGAAUUCAGUCGACCAAUUGUAACUACACUUCCUGGAGACAGAGGCAUUGAGAAUGGUCUCGUAAACAUCAUUUGGGCAUAUGGAUCGACAGAUGUUCGUGACUCACUAACGGCAUCGUUCUAUCACUUCAGAAACAGGGGAGCUGUGUCCGUCGAAUUCUUUUUGCCAAAUUCCAAAGUACCCAUAGAUAGAGACUCAAUACCGAUAAAUGGCCAUAAAGUAUUGGACAAAUCCGGAAAAGUUAUAUUGCAGUGGCAUUCUAUGCUCACACCACCUACAAAUCCAACGAUGUUUUUCCAGCUUGCUGCUCCAACUACGGGAUGGAUAGGUUUUGGAUUUACGCCAGGACACUCGAUGGCUGGAGCGGACAUUAGUCUAUCAGGAAUAAAAGACGGAAUUCCGUACAUAUAUGAUAUGUAUGGUAUAAAGAAUGGUGUUCCAAUGCUGGAUAAAUAUAGAAAUAUUGACUUGAUAGACGUAGUCGAAGAUGGUCAAAAAACUGUUGUUAUGUUAAUGCGACAAAUGAGAACUCCGGACCGCUAUGCAGAUUUAGACAUAAAGACAGGGCAAACGAAUGUAAUAUGGGCAUUUGGUAAGCGCGAUAUCAAUGACUCUAUAACGGGAUCGGACUAUCAUGGAUCCAAUCGAGGUCACACUGGAAUAUCGUUCAUACCACGCAACGAUGCUCAUAACAGCAAUUAUCACACUCACUCCAAUGUUCACACUCAGCCUCAUGGGCACACUCAUUCAAGUCAUGAUGCAAACGCGCAUACCCACUCAGGAAAUGAAGAACACACUCACCCUGCCGACGGACACGACCACGCUCGUGUUGGUGACCAUACACACUCAGUAGAUGACAGUCGUACUCACUCACAUUCAGAUAAUGUUCAUCUAAGUGACCAUACCCACUCUGACGGUGAUGACCACACACACACUGGCGAUGACGUCAAUUCUGUGCACCCUAGUGGUGCUCACACUCACUCUGACAACGAUGGUGAUAUUCCCAGAGAUGAACACUCCCAAAGUGACGUCCAGUCUGAACAAGAUAAUCACAUUCACUCUGGUGAUGUUAACACACACUCUGACAAUGGUGAUCAUACUCACUCUGAUGGUGAUGGGCACACUCACAUGGAUAAUGACUCAGGAGACGAUAAUCAUAUUCCAUAUGACGCUGAUCACACUCACACAAAUGAUGAAAACCUCAUCAACCCUAGUGUUGAAAACAUUAGCAUAGAGAGUGAACAAACGCAGUCUGAGCAUAAUACUGAUGACCAGAAAGACGAAGAAAAAUUUACCUUUGAACUUAUGUCGAAUCGUGUAAUAUUGAACAAAGAAAAAGGGGUAUACCUCCAGUGGAGUUACAACGAACAUAGGAUCGUAUUCCAGCUCACCAUGCCAACGAAAGGUUGGAUCGGACUUGGAUUCUCACCAGGACCCAGCAUGGCCGGUGCAGAUAUUAUUAUAACGGGAGUGAGAAAUGACGGGAUAUAUGCUUUGGAUACGAAUGCUGAUAAAAACGGGCAACCUAAAAUAGAUUCUUCACAAGAUGUUGACAUCUUAAAAUAUUCACAAAACGGAACUUCUACUUCAGUUACUUUUACUAGAAAGUUGGAUACAAAGGAUAUAGAGGACAACGCGUUGAAUGAUACUUCAAUCUCUUACCUCAUAUGGGCUUUCGGAAGAGCCGAUAUCGCAAUAUUACCAAGAAGAUUUUAUCAUCGGAAAAACAGAGGUUGGAAAAUGCUCAGAUUAAUUGACGGACCGGGUAAUUUACCGAUUGACUACGACACAGCGCCUCUGAACCUCGUUUCUGCACAUUUGAAAACAGGAAAAAGAUCAAUGAAGAAAUUAUAAUUAAUGAUUCUGUUUGAGGCCAUUUAGGAUACAAAUGAAUAUUUUAAAUCGGAAAAUGACUUUAAAGCGAUAUCAUGUCUGA